AGCGCACAAAAAAUUUGGUUUUAAAGGUUGGAUUUAAAACGAUAGAAAUCAUUGCUGAGUAUUCGCGACCUUUUUCCAAAGUGUCUAGUGAAUUUAAUACAUCAAAUCCAGGGUUAUUUACUGAUUAAUAUCGGGACAUUUUCGGUUUUUUGUUUGACUUUUACUCUUAAAAAAUGUGUUUUCUAUACCCUAAAAGUAAAUAUACAAAUAGUCCAUUCAAGUAGUUUUAAGAAACUGGUUACAAAGUGUUCUGCGUUUUCAGAGCUUUUUAAAAAAUUAAUCUUAAUUUUAGGGUUCUCAAGGCCACUUGUUCCAAUUUAGAGCUUGAAGGUUGUGCUUUGGGGAGUUUUUUUUCUAUUUGUGCUUCUGCUGAGGGAAAGCUUUCGCAUCCAAACUCGCUCCCAGUGUCUCUGUCCGCUUUGUGUUAUCGGAGUGUAUGUUUCAGCAUGGGUGCUUUUCCAACUUCCGUGGAAUGUAAAUGCAAGAAAAUGGAUUACGUGUAUAGGAAGUAACAGCUAUCGACAUUAUAAAUAUUUUUCAUAAGACUCACUUCGAUAUUUGAGACAUUGUAAAGUAGUAUUAACAGAUUAAUUAAAGUGAGUCUGACCACGUCAUUCCUGUUUGUUGAAGUCAUACCUCAUUGUAAAAUUACAUGGUUUAAAAAAACACGAUAUUUUCUGUGGUUUGACAAAAGCGCUGCUUAAGUAUCAGUACAGCUUAUUUACUUAUUUACUUUUAACCGAAUAAAGGGAAACGGCUAUACAAUGCUACCGUAGUUAUUCUAUCAUCUUUAUUGGCGUUAAUUUGUUAUGAUCUCGUUGCCUUAGUUUUCCAACCCUUUAUAGUGACGUCACAUAUGACGUUUUAUGUUCUUUUAUUACACGCUAAGGAUCCGAUCACCAAGAAGACAUGUCAACUGCUUCGCAAGAUUGGAUCACAACUCACGCCUACACAUAUCGCACAUCGGACAUCCCGCCAGGUUACACUGGAUACAUGCCACAACAACGAUUUUCAUACGGAGACACAUACGGUAACACGACGGCCGCUCAUUUUCAAGCACGUAGAAACCAUGUCUUAUUAUCAGGUGCGAUGCAAACUGCCAAAGAGUCCGAACCAUCCCUGGUAAAGUUUCCCACUGUGUAUUCAAACGACCCGUCUCUUGUUCUGGCUGAACGGAAAAGGUCACGUGAACGAUGGAUGGCAGCGCUUAGAUACGAAUUGAGUGAAAAAGAAAUGGAAAAUUUUCUGAAGGUAAACCUGAGUAUGCACGCAAAGGUCAAUAUUCACACAUGGAAUGGAUUGAAACGGAAAACCGCAAUUUAUGAGUUUAUCGUUGAUAAAAAUAUUUCAAAAUUAUUUCUUUUACCUGGAAUCUGUUUGUAUUACUUUGUAGAAAGUUGUCAAAGACAUCGAGAACACUAUCGAGACAACACGGGGACAGUUGCAAGAGAAGAAGAAUUCUUGCUACCAAAGUUAUCAGCAGAAAAUAAACAAAACGAAGAAAAUGUAAAGUAAGUAAACAUAACGGAUCGUGGAGUAAAAAUAUUGUAAAUUAUGAGGUAGUUCUCGGUAGCUCACAACAUUUCUCCGAUUUUUCAGCUAUUUUGGGCCAAAAUCUUACACUUAUUGGGACCUUGGCCUAAAAAAGUAU